AUGAAACGUACUUUGGUCAAGACAACUAAGGCGUUACGAUCUAAUUCUUCUAGCAACUAUGCACGCACUGCGGUAAACGCUACUCUUAUCAAAGAUGGCACCACCACAGCUGUCUCGCAAAAGCAAAAGGAAUUCAUAUUGCGUACGCUUAGGUUUGCUGACUAUGUCACUCCUCCUGCUAAUGAAAGAGACAAUAUGAUCAUUGCUCAGCAUCUGGUUGGACAUUUUGGGAUCAAACAUGUUGAAACUGCAAUUCAUCAUGAAGGGUUUCACUGGGUGAACAUUCGGAAAGACAUAGAAAGAAUAUUAGCUGAUUGUGACGAGUGUAACAGGUACAAUAUCGCUAGAGAGGGAUAUCAUCCUUUCCGUAGUGUCAAUGCAGCCCAACCUUUGGAUCAUUGGUGCAUGGAUCUCGGUGAUAUGGGUGUUACUAGCUCUUUCGGCAGCAACUUUCUGUUUGUCCUUACUGAUUACUUUACGAGAUUUACUGUGAUAAGAUGCAUUCCAGACAAGAAGGCUACGACAAUUGCCAGGGAAAUGCUUCAAGUUUUCUCACUUUUUGGAUGGCCAAUCAAGUUGACUUCAGACAGAGGCCUGGAAUGGAUAAAUGAGGUGGUCCGUGCUAUGAUGGACAUCAGUGGGAUAGACCAUCGCCUGUCAUUAGGGUACAAUCCAUUGGGUAACUCGGUUUCUGAGUCAUUUAUCAAAAUAUGUAAGUUAACGACUAUCAAGUUGUUAAAAGGUAAGAGGGAUCAAUGGGAGCACUUCAUUCCGUGGGUGAAUUACUGCAUCAAUGUCAAGUAUGCUCGGUUACAUAAAUCUCGUCCGUAUACACUUUUGUUUAAUCGUCAACCAAAUGGUCUGGCUGAUUAUUCAAAGGUGGACUAUUCCAAACGUUUGGAGAAAGCUGAUAAUAGACUCAUUGACAAACGAUACCGUUUUGUACAAGAUGUUCUUAUCCCGGCUAUUUCUAAGCGUAUUGUGGAUACACAAAAUGCUGAUCAUGCUAACUUUGCGAAGAAACAUAAGGUCAUUGCCGAACCCUAUCCUAUUGGUAGUAAGGUUAUGAUUAAAAAUGUUCAUCGUCAAAAUAAGUUAGAUGAACGGUAUGAAGGACCUUAUUUGAUUCAUAGUAUAACCGAUAAAGGUUCCUAUGUGCUGGCUGACAAGACGGGUGCACUCCUUAGUCGAGAUGUGCCUACCCAUCAUAUCAAGUACCAAGUCGCUGCGAAUCCUCAGCCAAUCACAAUUGAUGAAUUCUCUGCAGAGCAUUACGAAAUUCAAGCUGUGAUUGAUCAUAGAGGAUCUCCUGGUAACUAUGAGUAUAAGGUAAAAUGGAAAGGGUUCGAUGAUCCUAGUGAAGAUACUUGGGAGCCUGUGAAAAACUUUGAUUCGGCCAAACACAUUGAGUUGUAUUGGGCUCGAAGAGAAGGUGCAAAGGCUGCUGGUAAACGUAGGUUAGCUCCUCAAACAGUUAACUGGCGAACUACUACUACUCGCGAAAUUGGUCAGAGUGGUAGAUCAAACAGGUCUUAA